CAAUACCCUUCUCCACUCUCUCCGGCGACAAUCUUCUUCUAAUCUUUGGCCGGUGAACAUGAGUUGAUUUGAGAUCCAUUGUUGAAAUCGUUGUUUGAAAUCCCAUACGCGGGGUUGUGAUUUAAUCUGUUUGUUUGAAUCUUUUUAGUUUAUGCCAUUUAAUCUGAUAUCGUUUGAAGCUUUGUUUAAGUCUCUUGAAAUCAAUUUGUUAAUCUUCGUGUGAGUUAAAUAUAGCUAAACCGGUUUCGUCGCCGGCGAGGAAAGGCGGCAGGGAGGGGGUUUGUUUUCUCGGUCGGUGGUAUUCCUGUCAUUCUACUUUUAUACAUAUUAAUUAAAUAUAAAAAUUAAAUUUGUUUAUUUGUGGAUUCAACGGGUCACAUUUCUUUCUUGCCUAUUGCCCAUUGUUUGUCUUAACGGAAAAGGAAAACCAUCAACAGCGCCCAUCGUCCUCAACAUUAAUUCCUGAGAUUUGAUUUUCUUCCAUUCUGAGUAGACCUUGGACUAGAAAAGUAAAACCUCGCCUAACCCCCCGACCCGCGUUAAAUGCGUGAAACUCUUUCGCCACAUUGCAUUUCCUCGAAACUCACGCUUCCGUGAUCAUACAAGGCUGUCUGAGAUUUUUCCCUUUCUUCUCUUGGUCGGUUUUUCUCUCGGCCAUUGAACAAUAACUCUUCGUUUCGGAAAAUCUUGGCUAUUUGUGUUGAAAGCACGCAGAUUAGUUCAGAUUCGGACCAGAUGGGUUCGGAGGACAAGAAGAAGGGCUAUUGGACCCUAUGUGUUUGGGUGCUGGGUCCUCUUAUUGCUAUCUUUGUUGCCAUGGCAGUGUUAUACAAAACUUCUCCCAAUAUGGCUCUUUUUGGAGCUAUCAACGGAGCUUGUCAGUGUGCUCAGGGUACGCACAAGUAUAGUGGCAUAGUGGAGGAUUGUUGUUGUGACUAUGAGACCGUGAACCAUAUUAACGUGGAAGUGUUGCAUCCAUCGCUUCAGGAGCUUGUGAAAACCCCAUUCUUUCGAUAUUUCAAGGUUAAGUUAUGGUGCGACUGUCCUUUUUGGCCUGACGAUGGCAUGUGCCGCUUGCGGGACUGCAGUGUAUGUGAAUGUCCAGAGAAUGAGUUUCCAGAAUUAUUCAAGAAGCCUCGUCGCCUUCCAGCGGAUGACCUUAUUUGUCAAGAAGGAAAACCUCAAGCAGCUGUUGAUCGAACCGUAGAUAGAAGAGCUUUCAGAGGAUGGACAGUAACUGACAAUCCCUGGACUAGCGAUGAUGAGACUGACAAUGAUGAAUUGACUUAUGUGAACCUUCAACUAAAUCCUGAAAGAUAUACUGGUUACAGUGGUCCGUCUGCAAGAAGGAUAUGGGAUGCUAUCUAUUCUGAGAACUGCCCUAAAUAUCCAUCCGAAGAGUCAUGCCAGGAGGAAAAAAUUUUGUAUAAAUUGAUAUCUGGUCUUCACUCCUCCAUAUCAAUUCAUAUAGCUGCUGAUUAUCUACUUGAUGAAACGACAAACUUGUGGGGUCAGAAUCUUACUCUAAUGUAUGAUCGAGUCUUAAAGUACCCAGAUCGUGUCAGAAAUGUGUACUUCACCUUCCUUUUUGUCCUGCGAGCAGUAACCAAAGCUGGGGAGUAUCUAGAACAGGCAGAAUACGAUACAGGUAACCCUAUUGAGGACCUUAAGACACAAUCCUUGAUGAGACAGAUGCUUUACAACCCCAAACUUCAAGCAGCAUGUCCAGUUCCAUUUGAUGAAGCUAAGCUGUGGAAAGGCCAAAGUGGUCCAGAGCUGAAACAGAAAAUUCAGCAGCAGUUCAGAAAUAUUAGUGCAAUAAUGGAUUGCGUGGGAUGUGAGAAAUGUCGAUUGUGGGGUAAACUUCAGGUUCUUGGUCUUGGGACGGCACUAAAAAUUCUCUUUACUGUUGAUGGUCAAGAAAAUGGGGAUCAAACACUACAGUUGCAAAGAAAUGAAGUAAUUGCCUUGAUGAAUCUCCUUAACCGGCUGUCUGAAUCAGUCAAAUUUGUUCAUGAAAUGGGACCCGCAGCUGAAAGAAUUGUUGAAGGGCAUGUUUCUACUCAUAGUUUGAUCAGCUCAUGGAACAAAAUUUGGUCAUCUAUAGUCAAAGCUUAGGCACGUUUUGUUGAGCCCUGUCAUACUGUACACAUUACAACCAACACAAGGAAGGCUUCAGAAGCCAGAGGCCAUUGUCUUAGUUGGGAAAUUUUACAAGGACAUGAUAGUUGUGUAUAUUGACUAAUUGUAUGUGGCAAGUUUGAAAAUUUUGAACACAGGCAAAGAAACGCAUUACCAUGAUACACCUUCUUUUAUGAGCACAUAGAAUGAGAGAAUAACAAAUUUACAUCAAGAUUAUUGUUCAGAACACUGCCAUCUUCGGAUCUAUUUUAAAUAUAAGUGUUUUGACUUUUAA